GGUGGACCUCUGCUGUCCGUGGUGCUGAAACCUGCUUUCACUCCUCAACCUCCUCACACCUCUCUUCGUUCUCCCGUCAAAUCCUUGACAACUUUUACUUUUUUUUCUUUCUUUUUUUUCUAUAUCUUGGAGUGGAUCUUAAAGAUGCGUGGAUUAAGACUGCGCAAGGCAAAAGCGGACUUACUGGAGCGCUGCUUUGUGGCUGUGGACGCAGUCUUCUCCCACUGAGCGUCCUCCUACUCCAUCGUCUUCGUCUUCCAGGGUCGAUUGGAUGCUGAAAGGAACUUGAAUUAUUUGGAUUUGACGAACAAUAUGCACAUAGUUGCAUUUUUUCCAGUAGUCGCCUAGAGAUCAAUCCCCCGAUAUGGAGGCUGGCAAUCAGAGGGCUCUCCCUACCUCUAAAGAGGGUUUAAAGCAAAUAGCAGGGAAGGCUCUGGGAAGUCUGUACAGGAGGUUGGAGAAGAAGCAGCAGCAGACAAGCGAGGCCAUCGAGCUGACGGAGGACGGGCGGCCCCUGGCCGAGCAGGGCCGCAGGGGGCCCCUGUGCGACUGCACCUGUUUCGGGCUCCCUCGCCGGUACAUCAUCGCCAUGCUGAGCGGCCUCGGCUUCUGCAUCUCCUUCGGCAUCCGCUGCAACCUGGGCGUGGCCAUCGUCAGCAUGGUCAACAACCACACCGUCCACCAGAACGGAAAGAUCAUCAUUCUAGAGAAAGCCAAAUUUAACUGGGACCCUGAGAUUGUGGGGAUGAUCCAUGGCUCCUUCUUCUGGGGCUACAUUGUCACCCAAAUUCCAGGAGGGUACAUCUCUUCCAGACUGGCUGCCAACAGGGUUUUCGGCGCCGCCAUCGUACUGACAUCCACCCUCAACAUGUUCAUCCCCUCCGCCGCCCGCUCCCACUACGGGUGCGUCAUCUUCGUGAGGAUAUUGCAAGGCUUGGUGGAGGGCGUGACUUAUCCAGCCUGCCAUGGCAUCUGGAGUAAGUGGGCUCCUCCAUUGGAGAGAAGUCGACUGGCAACCAUCUCUUUCUGUGGCUCCUACGCUGGAGCGGUCAUAGCCAUGCCUCUGGCUGGAAUCUUGGUCCAGUACACCGGGUGGUCGUCCGUCUUCUAUGUGUACGGAACCUUUGGCUUAAUUUGGUACGUGUUCUGGAUCUUGGUGUCCUACGAGAGCCCGGCCGAGCACCCGACCAUCAGCGAGGAGGAGCGUCGUUACAUCGAAGAGAGCAUCGGUGAAACAGCCCAGAUGUUGAGCGCCAUGGAGAAAUUCAAGACUCCCUGGAGGAAGUUCUUCACUUCCAUGCCCGUCUAUGCAAUAAUUGUGGCCAACUUCUGCAGAAGUUGGACAUUUUAUCUGCUACUCAUCAGUCAGCCCGCAUACUUUGAAGAGGUGUUUGGCUUUGAGAUAAGCAAGGUCGGAAUGGUGUCAGCGCUCCCCCACUUGGUCAUGACCAUCAUUGUGCCCUUAGGAGGCCAGUUAGCCGACUACCUGCGUACACACAACAUCAUGUCCACCACCACGGUGCGCAAGAUCAUGAACUGUGGAGGGUUCGGUAUGGAGGCCACCCUCCUACUGGUGGUGGGUUACUCUCACAGUAAGGGGAUGGCCAUCUCCUUCUUGGUGCUGGCUGUGGGCUUUAGUGGGUUUGCAAUAUCAGGUUUCAAUGUCAACCAUUUAGACAUCGCUCCACGUUAUGCCAGCAUCCUCAUGGGCAUCUCCAAUGGUGUUGGCACCCUGUCAGGGAUGGUCUGUCCUCUAAUCGUGGGAGCCAUGACAAAGAAUAAGACUCGGGAGGAGUGGCAGUACGUCUUCCUGAUUGCCGCACUGGUGCAUUACGGGGGCGUGGUGUUCUACGGCAUCUUUGCCUCUGGGGAAAAACAACCAUGGGCCGACCCAGAGGAGACCAGCGAAGAAAAGUGCGGCUUCAUCGACGAGGACGAGCUGGCCGAAGAGACAGGUGACAUCACGCAGGGUUACGGCGCCAUGGGUGGCCCGGCUAAAAGCUACGGCGCCACGGCGCAGCUCAAUGGCGGUUGGGUGCAGGACUGGGAUAAGACGGAGGAGUACGUACAGGAACCAGCGGGGAAGAUGUACUCCGAGCGAGGCUACUCUUAGAGCAGAUGUAUCCUACGUUGCACAAAAUAACUUUAGAUAGAUGAAUCCAUCCUGUGUAUUCCACAUAGUGUAGUUUUCCAACAGAGUCCACACACUCAUCACAUCUACAGUCUAGUGCAGUGUUUUUCAACCUUUUCUGAGCCAAGGCAGAUUUUUUUCAUUGAAAAAAUCCCGAGGCACACCACCAUCAGAAAUCAUUGAAAAAUGAAACGCCGCAGCCGAUAUUGACAAUUAAAAAGUCGUUCUCACAAUUGUUGGAUAUGAAUUCAAACCAACCAGGCAUGCAUCACUAUAGCUCUUGUCUCUAAGUAGGUGUACUGUCACCACCUGUCACAUCACGGCGUGACUUAUUUGGAGUUUUUUGGUGUCUUCCUGUGUGAAGUGUUUUAGUUCUUGUCUUGCGCUCCUAUUUUGGUGACUUUUCCUGGUUUUUGGUAUUUUCCUGUUGUAGUUUCAUGUCUUCUUUUCAGUGCUAUACCCGCACCUGCUUUGUUUUUGCAAUCAAGAAUAUGUAAGUUGCGCGAACGCUAUUCUUUGUGGGGACAUUGUUGAUUGUCAUGUCAUGUACGGAUGUACUUUAUGGACGCCGUCUGCUCUACACUCUGUAAGUCUUUGCUGUCGUCCAGCAUUCUAUUUUUUUUGUUUUGCAUAGACUUCCCUAAGCUUCAAUGCCUUUUCUUAGCUGCACUCGCCUUUUGUUUCUUUUUGGUUUAAGCCUUAGAUACCUUUUUACUUGCACACUGCCUCCCGCUGUCGUCUGCAUAUUGUGAUCACGACUAAACAUCUACAAAGCAAUUAGCUACCUGCUGCCACCUACUGAUAUGGAAGAGUAUUACAUGGUUACUCUACCAAGCUCUAGACAGCACCGACACAUUUGCGGAUUAUUGUUACUGGUUUGCGAAAAAUAUUUUUUAACCCAAAUAGGUAAACUUACAUAUUCUCCCACGGCACACCAGACUGUAUUUCACCACACACUAGUGUGCGGCGGCACAGUGGUUGAAAAACACUGCUCUAGAGAUGUUGCAAAGCAAGUUGCAGGCCAAUGUUGUAGAAAAGUUCUUAGGCACCCAAACCUCAUCAGUUUACUUGAACAACAUGAGCCACAUGACCUUGCAGUAGACCCUCACUCAAGGUCUCUCUCUCUCUCUCUCUCUCCGAUUGCACUGAAGUAUUCUAAACAAAAAAAGAAGAAGCAGAUUACAUUGUGUUCUAUGUAGUGUAUAUACCUGUAUACUGUUUCUGUGAGACUAUUGUGGAUUUGGGUCGUUGAUCUGUGUUUAUCAUUGAUAUAAAAAGGCCAUAUUUUUCAUGGACAGUACCUUUUCAGGGAGAUGUCUGCUUGCAAAAAAAAAAAUAAGGUCUCUUCCUUGUCCUAGAGCGAGGCGAGUAAUACUCCUAAGGGCGAGUGAACCUAAGGGUGCGUUUACACUUGUCAUGUUUGGUUGGGUUAAAGCUAGUUUACUUAGCUUAUUCAAAAGGGACUCAGACCUGGCGCUCUUUAAAAAUAUAUUUCAGAAUCUUUGGUAACUCUUUAGUAUGGGGAACAUAGUCACCAUUAAUUAGUUGCUUAUUAACAUGCAAAUGAGUAACAUAUUGGCUCUUAAUUAGUCAUUAUCAAGUACAUAUUAAAGCCUUAUUCUGCAACCAGUAAACCGGUAACACUUUAGUAUAAGGAACAUAUUCUCCAUUAAUUAGUUGCUUAUUAACAUGCAAAUUAGUAACAUAAUGGAUCUUAAUUAGUCACUAUUAAAUACUUAUUAAUGCCUUUUUAUACAACCAGUACGCCUCUUAAAACUUUAGAAUGGGGAACAUGUUCACCAUUACUAACCCUAACCCUUUAACCCAAACCAAAUCACUCUAAAAUUAGUCUGUUACUUACAAUAUGUUCCCCUAGUGUCCAAAUAACUCUGAAGUAAGUCUUUGUUACUUAAGUUCCCCUAGUGUCCAAAUAACUCCAAAAUAAGUCUUUGUUACUUAAAAUGUUCCCCUAGUGUCCAAAUAACUCUAAAGUAAGUCUUUGUUACUUAAGAUAUGUUCCCCUAGUGUCCAAAUAACUCUAAAUUAAGUGUUUGUUACUUUAAAUAUGUUCCCCUAGUGUCCAAAUAAGUCUAAAUUAAGUCUUUGUUACUUAGAAUAUGUUCCCCUAGUGUCCAAAUAACUCUAAAUUAAGUCUUUGUUUUUAAGAUAUGCUCCCCUGGUGUCCAAAUUACUUUAAAUUAAGUGUUUGUUUCUUAAAAUUUGUUCCCCCAGUGUCCAAAUAACUCUAAAUUAAGUGUGUGUUACUUAAAUUAUGUUCCCCUAGUGUCCAAACAACUCUAAAUUAAGUCUUUGUUACUUAAAAUAUGAUUCCCUAGUGUCCAAAUAACUCUGAAUUAAGUUUUUGUUACUUAGAACAGCGGUUCUCAGAUGGGGGUACGCGUACCCCUGGAGGUACUUGAAGGUAUGCCAAAGGGUAUGUGAGAUUUUU